AUGGUUAUACAUACUUUAAAGGCUUUUUUAAAUAAAGCGCGUAUUUUUGGCAUAAAUUGGCUCACUGAUGAUCCCUUCUAUGGAAGUUAUUGAAAAAGGUUAAUGCUUCUAUUUUGUGAAUUUUAUUCAAUUACUCAACAUUUUACGUUAUUACAUUAAUUCAAUUUAAAUUUUAAUGGCAUCCUUUUAUAUUUAUUCUUCUUUCAGCUCUUCUUUUACAGCCCAUCUUCUUUAAAUUAAUUAGUUAUUUAUUAUGUAUGAAUAAAUUUUGGGAGGGUCUCCUACUUUUGACAUUUUUUUUCACUUGUGGAACCUGUGGAGUUUCACAGCUUGAAUUGGCUCCAUAUUUGGGAUUUGGGUUCCACACUCGAAAAAACGUCCCAACAUGUGGAGACCCACCCAAAAUUAUGCCAAUACAUAAUAUAUAGAAGUUUCCUAUGUUUGGCGCUGUAAGGCCGAUAAAUUCUGAUCGGAAUUUAUCGGUAGGUUGCACCAAAUCAAUGCCUUGGUCGGACCAAAAAGCGAUUUGGUCCGACGAACUUGGAAAGCUCCUGGGAAAAUGUCUGCGCUUUUAGCGCUAUAUAGAGGAAACCUCUAUAGCAAUUGCCCCACACCGGGAAUCGAACUCACGUGUUGGGGCCAUUUUUGGUGUGUGGCCAACACCGACUUACACACACAAAAAAUGGCCCCACACAUGGGUUCGAUUCCCGGUGUGGGGCCAUUUUUUGAAUUACCCGAGGAUGGCGCAAGAUAGCGCCAUCCUCGGCAAUUCCUAUAUACAUUUCCCAUUAAUUCAAUUUCUUUCUCAAUUAUUAUUACAUUUAAACAUGAACAUAAGCUAUAUCGAAGACCAGCCUCCCUCAAUAACCCCUGAUUCCUUUCAAAAUUUUAAAAAGCUUGACCCAAAGACAGUCUUCAAAUCCCAGCUACACACUUUUUCAAAACCCCAACGAAUAAAAGGAUUCCCACUAUCAGCUGGCCCUCGAAGCAGCAGUAUAAGCCCUAUGAAUCGCUUUCUCUCUACAGAACAAAGCCACCACCCCGCUCUUUCUUCAAGAAAACUUGAAAAAGAGCUCAGAGAAAUAAAUUGCCAGCUUAAUGAUGAAAAUUUUCCUCCACGAAUAAAUUCGACAUUUGACCAGAGUUCUUUGCUUCAUAACAAAUUCAAAAUGAUACAGAAGCCCUAUCAAAAUCCCAAGUACAAUGAGGUGGUUUAUCUCAAUAAAUUGUGCAAUCAUUUAAUUGAGGAACAAAAUAAACUGAAAAUUAAGCUAGCACAGCAGGAAGAUAUUAUUGAAGGAAUAAAAGGAAAAUCAAGCACACAUGGUCACCCUUUGAAAUUGUUCCAAGAAGCUGUAAACCAUUUAGAAAAAGAAAGAAAAAUAAGGCAGUUAAGUGCGAGAAGAUCGGCAACGCCAAGAAAGAGGAGUAUUAUUAUAAGUCAUAACUCGGCUUGUAAGGAAAAUCCUGUAAAUCUGUCACUCAAUUUGAAAGGGAUAAAGAAAGAUGACGACGAGCUGUUUACGUUUCGACCAAAAUCUCCAGCAACGCUUAAUAAAGGAGCAUUCCCAAGAGAAGUAUUCAAAAGAAUAAAAAACAGUUAA